AUUGGCAACUCAUUGGUAAAUUGAUCAUAUCGUAUUUCCUGUUGAUUUUGAUAAAUUUGAUAAUGGAAAAUUGUUUGUUAUAGUUAUUUUAUGAUAUAAGAGUUAUCCUUCAAUGAACAUAAGCAUCUGUGCUCCAGUCAUUCUUUCGAUUUCUGAGCGGCAAGUCCAUGCAGACAGACGUCCAUUUGUAACAAAUUCGAUACAUUUGAACUUCGCGUCCGAUAGAUGGCGAAGUAUAUCCUCAAAAUUUUCGAAAAAAGGCCAUUUUUCGAAAGCAUAUACGUUUGAAUAUGUUAUCAGAAAACGAUUUUGUCCGGACCACAUUAAUACAUGGCGAUGCAGAACUUUGCAAGACUUUUCUUUUUGAGGCUGCUAUUUCCUGGGCAAAAGAUGGCCAUCAAGUGUGUUAUAUAUCGUCUAGGCAGCUUCAAUGUUUGCCACCGACACUCCAUGAUCGAAGUGAGCCGUCGGCAGAAGCAUUGAAACUUAUAACAUUUAUGUCGGUCGGCAAUUACGAAGAGUUGGCGGAUCAGCUGGUGGAACUGCACACGUUCCGAAAGCCGCCUUCGGUUCUACUGAUUGACGAUCUGGACUUGUUCGCGGCUAACCCGGGAAUUCGGGGCUGCUCGCGCGAGGUUCACGUGGCGCGCUGCUGUGCUCUCGUCCUCCACGCUGCGUUCUCGUGCUCGAGAGUGACGAACUGCCCGAUACAGGUGUGCGCAGCGUCCUUCGAGGCCACCGACUACGAAACAAUUUAUUGCAAGUACUUCGAUAACCGCUGGCUCUUGAAUGCCGAAGUUGGCGAAAGCAGCACGGAGGAGGGCAGGCGAGUGUGGGUGAAGCGCCCCAAUGGCAGUCAGACCUUCGAGUUUUGCAGGCUCGAUGAUGCUGUGCUUGUUCUCAGGAGGAUCCUUGUCGCAGAAUUGAAUCCUUCGAUUAACAUUUAAUUUUUCAAUUGCUGUCAUUGUUUAUCAUGUGGCAGUGCUUAAAAAAACAUUAUUAAUUUAUGAGUAAACGUAACGAAAAGGCUCAUAAGCUUUGCAGAGUAAGUUACUUUAUGUUUUUAUAUGUAUAUUAUAUAUUUUGUUA